GCCCAAAUUGCGUUAUAGUUACCGACUACCAAUAAUAAUAAUGGAUGAGUUUUAUAACGAGUCCGAGUCCGAUGAUUCAAAUAUUUUAUAUGAAGGCGAUCAAAAUACUAUUCCACAAUUAAAAAAUAAGAGAGAGCGUCGCAGCUUCGUAUGGGAGUACUUUGAUGAAUUGGAAUCCGAUGGAAAUCCGAAGGUCUCGAGGUGUAGAGUGUGUAAAACCCUAGUGAGCACUAGAACAACAAACUUGGCGCGACAUUUGGAGUGCGUACACAAUAUUGUCCGUCUCGGAGUUCCACACGGGAAUAAACGUAGUCGGCCUAGCCGCAGCUUUAUUUGGAAGUACUGCACACGGGCUAAUGAAAAGCAAGCGUUUUGUCAUUUAUGUGAUAAGUUGCUAUUUUUUGGUGGUGGAAAUACCUCAAAUAUAACGAAACAUUUGCGACGUAAACACUCUGAUAUCAUUCAAGAAAAUGAGUUGGAGCACGAUGACAGCAGCGGAGAAAACCUCAAACGUAUAAAGGCCAAAAUAAAGGUGAACGAAAUUAAUGAUAAGGCCAAUAGAUUCUUUCGCAAAGGUUCUAGCUAUGUUUGGAAAUAUUGCGAAAAGGUGUCCAGGUACACGGUACGUUGCAAGCUUUGCAAUAGAAGCAUGCGUUUUCAUGGCACGGCAAACGUGAUUUCACACCUUCAACGCAAGCACAAAAUUGCAGAUUAUACAAAUAUUGAUAAACAUGACAAUAAACUGGCUGAGGCGCCGGCGGAUGAGGAGUUGGACAGCGAAAUAUCCCAUUCUCAGCGCCUAAAUGGCAAUGGCGCUUGCAGUGGGGUGUGGAAGUAUUGUGUACGAAUUAACGAGGAUGUAGUGCGCUGCCUCGUUUGCUCAAAGAAUUUGUCCUACCAGGGCACAAGUAAUCUGCAGCGCCAUUUGCAUCGCAUGCACAAUAUUGUUGCCAGCAUUCGUGCUUCAAAAGUUUCUCAGUCGGACUUAGACAAUCCAAUGGAAUCGAAUACUCUGCUUCAAUUUUGUCAAAUCACUGACGAUCCUCAGCUUUUGAAGUGCCAAAUGUGCGAUGAGGUUUUUCAGAAAUGCGAUGAAAUGGAGCCAAUCAUAAGUAAACACAUGGUGAUUAUGCAUGGUGUGAGGACUUCCACAUCUGAGCAAAAGGGUAUUGGUGAUGAUUCGUUAGAAGAUGGUGCAAUAAUAAAUGAGUUUGAUAUAGAUAAUAUCAUCGUCGAAGAGCCUGGUGAAGCUGAAAGUACUUCAGUAGAUGAAAAUAGUCGAUUCCAGGUAAUUUAUGAUGAAUUCAUCGAGGUGGACCGAGAUGUUCUCUACGCAGUAGAUGAAGAAGCUCUUAACGGAGUGGAUAUGGAAGCUGGCGAACAAUUUGUUGACGACCCUAUGGCCGUUAAAGACGAAGUCACUGCAGAUAAUCCAUUCUCCCCGCACUCAAGCGUGGACUCCGCAACGAAGUUUUUUAGCAAUAAUAAGAAGUUUGAAAAUGAUCCCAACGGACUUUUAAUAUCGGCUGAAACUGAUGAUACACCGCGUCUAUUGGAGCUCAAAGAAGAACUAGUGCGUCAGCAAACAUUGUACUUUAAUGAGAAGGCGGCGUUUUAUCGAAUGCAAAAGUACUUAUGUGCACUCCAGGCGAAAAAGGAGCUACUGGAAAUUGAAAUGCUGAAAAGUGAACAAAAAUCUAUAAGUUAUUAGCUCUACAUAUUUAUUAAAGUAUAGCUUGAAAAGUAA